AUGGAUAAUUUAACAAGAUUAACAGGAGGAAGCAAAAUAUAUGCAAAAAAACGGAAACAUAGAAUUGAACAAGUACCAGAAAUUGUAUUUGACGAAACAGCUAGACGAGAUUUCUUAACCGGUUUUCAUAAACGAAAGUUAGAAAGAAAGGCAAAAGCAAAAGAAAAUGCUUUACAAUUUUCUAAACAGGAAAAGGCAAAAGCAAGAAAAGCUGCAAAAGAAUCUCUAAAAGCGCAAGUAACUGAGAGAUUAGCUAAACUUCAAGAAGCUAUUAACAGAAGAAAUGGAACAAUAAUUGAACAAACUGAUGAUAAAGAAAGUGAAAAGGAAGAAGAAGAAGAAACUAAUGACAAUGAUGACGAAAAAAAUAAUCAAGAAUCUAAUGUUAUACAAAAAGAAUUUAGGUCUGAUGAUAAUACAAAGACUACAGUUACAAUAAUAGAAGAUCUUGAUACCUCGAAUAUUUUCGAAAAUGUUUCGAAAAAACCGAGAAUUGAAGAAAUAGAUCAUAAUAAAGAAACUUCACCGGUUCUAGCCAAAAAUUUAGAACAGAAAUCUACAAGUGUAAAUAAGAACUCUAAAAAAGGGAGUAAGAAAAAAUAUCAACCAAGAAAUAAAACGCGUCGCUCCAAAACAAAAAAAAUUAUUCGUUCAAAAUCUAAACGAAAUAAAAGGAAUUAG